AUGGCUUCACUAGAAUCCCCAGUUCAGGGACUCAUGAGAAAGAAUUCAAAUAUCUAACAGCUUCUUGAUGCAAAACAGUUAGUUUUGAAACAGUGACAGAAGAGCUAGAAAAAUAAAACAAGCAGAAUGGUAAAAUGUCAGACUGCUUCUCACAUUGCAAUAGGAGCAAAUAUCAUGUUCCAAAAAGAAAGCAAGUUAACUCCCAAAGGAUGCUGCUGGCUGGACAAAAACAACACACCUUCAUCCUAUUGCUGAGAAUGAGAAACAUCAGAAGCAGCAAAUCCAGAUGCCAAAGUGCAGCUCUACCUCAGUAGCUGAACUGGCCACAGCAAAAGGAAGUUAGUAUAAAAAUUAGUAACAAGAACAAAAAUAUCCAAGAUCAGUAUUGCCAACCCAAGGAUUUUUUUUUUGUACUGACAAAUGUUUUACACAAUGUAAAUGUAACCCUUUUGCCAGGCCCUGCAUGCUAGUGAGAGAGGCUGGAUUCAUACAGGUUUAAUAGCAACUUUCUAAAUCUGACUUGAGGCCCCAUCCAGAAACCUAGGAAAAUGAUUUUUUUUCCUCCCCCAUCCCUGUCUUGCCUAGUGCCUGAGACUACUAAGGGUUGAGCAGCCCUGCCUACUUUGGAAGUGAGCAGCCAUUACGGGCAGGCAAUGGUGGUAGGGUACAGUGGCAGCAUAUGGAUGGUGGGGGGAGGUAUAUAGGGCACUUAUCCAUGUUGCGCUUUUCUUGUGUCCAUGUGACAAAAAUCAUCAUUAAGCUAGCUAAAUCGCAUCUGCAGAUCCAUGUUGUCAGCUGAUUUUAUCACUUUAGGGGUUUUUAUCAUGAUCAUUUAAAUCACCUCCAAUGUUUUAUUUUUAGCUCCUGAAUUUCUUCCACAAGAGUCUUUAUAUUGUAUUAAUUUUUCAACAUGUAUCUGACUUAUGGCCGAAAAUGGGAUUUUCCCUGCUUUCCAACAAUUUCACCACCAGGUGCCAGUUGGGUUCACUCUUAAAUCCAUGAAAAUCCAUGGAAUUUCUCUUGCAAUGAUUCAACAAGACACCAGAUGCUAAUCUGGCACAUUUUUAUUGAUUAUUUCAGAUUGUAAUGAAAAAUACAAUUUAAAAAAAUAAAGUUCCCCGUUUUCUCAUGCAUUUCACUUCUGGCUGGCCUUUUUCCCGCUGCUGCUUUCCCCCCUGCCGCUUAUCAGAGCCAGCCAGCCCUGCAACUUUUUAUCCUGCUCCUGCCAAGAGUUUCAGGGAAAUUAGGGGAAAAUAUCCUGCUCCUGCCAAGAAAUUAGGGGAGGCUCCCAAUGGCCAUGAAGUCCUGAUGAAGCGCUCCCUGCAGAAUGCCAACCGGUACUUCUGAUCAGAUACAAGGUAGCACUGCUCUGCUACAUCUGUCCAUCAGCAUUCAUAUCCAGCCUCCUUCUGACAAAGGAUCUUCAAUCAAGUUCAUGAUUUCUUAGUUUUUUAUAGACAGUUUAAUUAUUUUUAUGGACAAGCAUUUUAAAUGUUUGUAAAUGUACAAGUAGUUGUCAACCCUGUUCAAGAUUCAGAAAUAAUUAGUCCCAAUUUGGGUUGUGGUUUGUGGGGUGGCGGUGGGUGUUUUUUUUAAAUCAGGGGGUUGGACUAGAUGACCUGAGGUCCCUUCCAACUCUAAUUUUCUAUGAAGUGUCCUGGGAUUAGAUGAAACCCAAGGGCGUAGAGGUAGAAGAUUCUCUGUGGAAAUCCCAUUGUUCUUGAGCCAGCCUUUUCCCCAGCUUAUGGCAAGAUGGAAAUUAAUAAAAUUAAUAUCUGAAUGACUCCACUUCCUGUUCCUGAUCCUUGCCAGGUCAGGCCACUUCCCUUGGUUACAACACUUUUCAAGGCUCUUUGUGUCAAGCCAGUAAUUCUGAAAUGCAGAUUCAAAUUAUUAGACUAAUUGCUGGUUGGAUAAUGUGGAGCCCCUGGCUGUAGUAGCAAAAGCGCAAGUUUUUAUAAUACCCUCUGACUGCUAGGGCCCUGCAGUCCAACCCCAAGAUGCUCCUUGAGUUUCUCUCAGUUGAAGGACCUGGAACAAGGAAUGGAAAAUACACUUUGUCCAUUUCAAAUCUAACAGCAAAUGCCUGUAUCCAUUUAUUUUUGGUAUCAGGACAUCUAACUAAGGUGAUUUUCAGGACGAGAUAUGACUGUGCUCACUUUGCUCAGAUAAACUUCAAGGAAUAAAGAGUUUUUAAUACACAGCAUAACAAGACAGAAAUGGCUGCUUCUCAAACACAGGCCUGAACCUGGACUGCCCCAAUCCAUUGGAUGAUCUCCUGCCAGGACUUUGAUUGCUUCAAGAUCUGACCUCCAUAACUCACCAACCCUUUAGAUUUCUCACUCAGAACCAAAACUUAUGAUCUGCUCUCAAACACUGAGGGCAGUCUCAUUUCACUCAUCCACCAUAACUCCCAAAACAAGUCCUCAAGCAUCAUCCUCCCUAACCCUCAUCUAGAGUGGGAAGAGGCAGCCCACAUAUUCACUCCAGGAACUGCCAGUCCUAUGCCUUCAUACAUCUCCUGACUUGGGUCCAGUGUAACACCAGGGAAAACCUAGAUAGUCCAGUUCCAAUGCCCAUCAUGAAACCCAUUCUUCAAUCCACAGCUGCACUGAAAUUAGUAUUGAAAUUGUGGAGGGUCCUGAUCCAAUUCCCCAAUCCCACUGAGGGUCCCCCUGAGGAAAGGGAAAUCCAUGAGGCAGAGUCUUAAGGAACAUGGCAAGCUUCAAGAUUAUCUGAAGAAUCAUCCACGCAACCUGGGCUCCAAGUAUUUUCCCAACAUCAUCAGUGAGGAUGCCACUGAGCCCAUGACAAACUACAUGGAUAUGGAGUAUUAUGGGACCAUCUCUAUUGGCACCCCAGCCCAGCAGUUCACCGUGCUCUUUGACACUGGCUCCUCCAACCUGUGGGUGCCCUCUGUGUACUGCUCCAGCCCGGCCUGCAGCAAUCACAAUCAAUUCAACCCACAGGAUUCCUCUACAUACCAGGCCACCAGCCAAAGCGUCUCCAUCCAGUAUGGCACUGGCAGCAUGACUGGUUUCCUGGCCUAUGACACUGUUGAGGUCGGAAGCAUUCAGGUGGUCAACCAGAUCUUCGGCGUGAGUGAGACUGAGCCCGGCACCUUCCUUGAAUAUGCACCCUUUGAUGGGAUCCUGGGUCUGGCCUUCCCCAGCAUUUCUUCCUCUGGAGCCACCCCCGUCUUUGACAACAUGAUGAGCCAAAACUUGGUGUCCCAGGACCUCUUCUCUGUCUACCUGAGCUCUAAUGACGAGGAAGGGAGCUUUGUCAUGUUCGGAGGCAUCCACCAAUCUUGCUACUCUGGGAGCCUGAACUGGAUUCCUUUGUCUGCUGAAACCUAUUGGCAAAUCACUGUGGACAGCAUCACCAUGGGCGGCCAGGCCGUCGCUUGUACCUCUGGCUGCCAGGCUAUUAUUGACACUGGCACCUCUCUGCUGGCUGGGCCCCCUAGUGCCAUUUCUAACAUCCAGAGUGCCAUCGGUGCCACCCAGGACUCCAAUGGCCAGUACGUCAUUAGCUGCAGUGCCAUUGACAGCCUGCCCAGCAUCAUCUUCACCAUCAAUGGCAUUGAGUUCUCUGUGCCUGCCAGUGCCUACAUCAUUGAGUCACAAGGCAGUUGCGCAAGUGGCUUUGAAGGUAUUGACAUCCCCACCAAUUCUGGAGAGCUCUGGAUCCUUGGCGAUGUCUUCAUCCGCCUGUACUACGCUGUCUUCGACAGAGCUAACAACCAGAUAGGCCUGGCUCCCAUAGCCUGAGCACACAAUUCUUUCCUUUGGAAAAGUGCCAGAGUAUUGACCCUGUACAGUUUCCACUUCUCUGGAGCCUCAACACAGUCUAUCAGUCAGGCUAUCCUGCACCUUAUUGCUAGUUCAAUGUCCCCAAGCUUUUCUACACUCCUGACUCACCCUUUCCUCCUGUAACAAUGACA